AUGGGCCGUCAGUGCGGGGCCCCGGGGCGCGGCCCGGGGGAGAAGGGCGCCGCCACCGCCCCUGCCGCCAGCGGCCCGCCAGGCUCCGCCGCGAGGCCCGAGGGGCGGAGCCGACUGCGCACGCCCGCCUCGCCCCACCCGCGCCUGCCACUCACGCUCCAGGCCCCGCCCACAUCCCCCUACACCUGGGCCCGCCCACCCGCGGACCACUUUCUUGGUUGGUUCGAGGGGCGGGGCCAGCAGGUGCACCGGCCCCCUAGCCAUCCCCCUCGCCCAGUCCCAAGACUCGCCACCUCGCCCCCAACCAUCCCCCCAUCCCAGCUGCUCCCAGAGCUGGGCCCCAAAGGCGCAACUACUCCCACGAGGCUUCUUGGCUCCGUCACACCACCCACACGACCCAGUGCCACGGCAAGACAUCCAAUCUCUGUGAGACGAGAUCCCAGCAACCCCACCUAUGGACUCCGACAGUCUAUCUUACUGAACACCAGGCUUCAGGACUGCUAUGUGGACUCGCCAGCUCUCACCAACAUCUGGACAACCAGAACGUGUGCAAAGCAGAACACCAAUGCUCCCAUACCAGGUACCACCUCUUCUUGGGAAGUUGUAAAGAACCCAUUAAUUGCCAGUUCCUUCUCCCUGGUUAAACUGUUGCUCAGGCGACAACUGAAGGAGAAAUGCUGCCCAGUACCACGCAAGUUUGGAGAUGCGAAACCCUCAAAGAGAUUAAAGCCCAAGGACGAUUCAGCAACAAAAGCCGCCCAGCAGGGCUGGAUAAGAAACUCCAUCAGUUCCAAGAGCAAGCGGCCAGUGGGGCCGUGGCCAGGCUCACCCAGGCACAGGAGGCCUGCAGGAGGCAUCAACGAGAGUAAAGAAAGUUCAAAGGAGAAAAAAGUAACACUCUGCCAAGAUCUUGAGAGCAGAUAUGCUGAACAUGUGGCUGCCACCCAAGUGCUACCCCGGGACAUUGGGACAGUGUCCUGGAAGGGCCGAGCCUCACUUCCGGAAACCAGGAAGAGACAGCAGUUGUCGGAGGACGCAUUCACCAUCCAUGGCCUCCACACAGAAGGCCACCGGACUCUGCACCACACGGUGGUGGAGCCAAUGCUGUGGAAUCCUUCGGGGACCCCCGAGAGGUCCAGUUUGGAGCUGGGCAAGACCAUCAAGAAAAAGCCCUGGGAGGCUCUUUGCAGCCAGGCUGCCACCCCUGAAGGUGCUCAGAAGGACCCACUGCCAGGCAGGAAGAGGCCGGAGGUCCACGAGGAGGCUGCUCCCAAGAAAUGGCCCAAGUUAAGGAGCGAGAAAUAG